AUGAAUAUAUAGUUAUGGCAUUUUUUAUUUGUUAAGAAGAGCAAAAAUUCUUUGUUGGUAACAAUAAACUUUUAUGAAGGAAGAAAAGUUAAGGAAUAUUCUUUUGAGUCUAAUGUUAAUCAUUUUAAUUAGAUUAGAUUUAAAGUAACUACUGGUAAUCUAUUGUAAAAUAUCAACUAUUUAACAAUCCAACUAAUCAAAAUGGCUUUCUACAAUUGAGAAAUCGAUAUUAAUCCAGAAUUAUGUCAUUUAUCCUGUUUUGAAUGUGAUGGUCCAACUAAAUAUGAUUGUUUGUCUUGCGAUUCUUCUACAAAUAGAAUAUAUAACCAACAAUAGAAAGCUUGUGUUUGUUUAUAUGGAAAAAUUGAUAUUGAUGGAGAAUGCAAAGAUUACCUCUCCUUUUAACUUAAUUUGGCUUAAGGAAAUGAAAAGGAGUUCUAAUGUUCCUAUGGAUAUUUUGAAUUUGAAGAUCAAUGCUUUAAAUGGUAUUUAUUUUCUAAUUGACAUAGCCCUUCUAAAAUAAAAGAGAGAUUAAUAACUUGUAUAGAAUGUAUUACAAAUCCAAAAACAUGGAUAAACAAUCCAUAUUGUUAAUAUAAUUAUGUAACAAAUGAUAAUUAGUUACCAUUUACAAAACAAGAUGAAGGGAUAUAAUAGUACUUUUUUGAUGAAAAGGAUUUAAAAUUAAGUGAGAAUUCAGAAUAACAGUCUGAUAUUUAUUCAGAUUACACAUAGACUUUUGUUCGCUUUUCACAUUUUUUUUGUUUGUAAUGCAAAAGUUCUAUAAAAUCAUCAAAAUGUGUCAUUUUAUAAAAUUGUCUAAAAUGCUAAAUUUAAAUAUCUUAGCAAAGAUGCUCUAAGUGUUUACCCCAGUAUUUAUUAACAGAUGGAGCUUGUCUAAUACGUUAAUACAUGUAGACUCCAACCGUUAUUGUUUGUGAAACUCCUUAUUAUUAGACAUAUUACUACACUUGUAUUUUGUGUCCUAUCGAGAACUGCCUUUAUUGUUUUGAUUAUUUAACAGAUGAUGUCUAAAAAAAUACUAUAUUUUACAAAUGGUCGGAUAACAGAAUUAAUGCAAUUGACUUGUAAGUGGAGAUAGGUUGUGCAUAAUGUCGAGAAGGAUAUAUUUUUGACUUCAAAAUAGGAUAAUGCCUUUUUUAAUAACCAUAAAUAUACAAUUGUCUCAGAUCAUUUGUGAAUCAACAAGGUGAAGAACAAUGUAUCUUAUCCUCAAAUGAUGAUUUUUCAAUUGCACCUUAAAUAAUUAGCUGUGCACAUUAUAUUUCUCAUUGUUAAUAAUGUUAUAAAAAUAUUCAAGGUAUUGUAAAGUGUAUAAUUUGUGAAAUCGGGUAUAUUGCAUAAUAUACUUCAGGAUUAUGCGAAUUUAUAUGGAUUGAUGAGUAAAAACAAUCUUUGGCGAUGUUUUAUGAUGAAAAUAUUUGGAGGUAUUUGGUCCAAAGCUUCACAAUGUUAUUUGCGAAAAUCAAUUAUUCCUAUUUACAAUACAGUUUCAAUUAAUAUAUAAUUGAAUGUUUUGACGGAUACUAAUUAGUCCAUAAUAAAUGUGCAGAAUAUUGCGAUUAAAAUUGUUAGCGAUGUUAGAAGCAAAUAAGCUCAGCUAGCUUCACUUGUGAUUUAUGUUCCUUAAACCCUUACUAAGAUCCCUAUCGAGUUUAAGAAAAUGGAAAAUGUAUAAUUUGUCCUUCAUUUUGUAUAUUAUGCUAAAUAAGAUCUAAUAAUGGCAUUAUGGUAUUUUGAAUUUGAUAUUUUAGAGCAUAAAUCCUUAUUACAAAACUAACGAUAUAAAUACUUAAUUUACAACCUAGUGUAUAAAAAGCAUUUCAACCUCGAAUAUUUAAAUUGACCCAUAUCUAUAAAUUGCUCAAUAUAUUUAUGAUCCAAAUUAAAUUGCUUUUGAAUAUUCAGUAAUGAUUUAUAAUAAUAAGAGGUUACAUUAUCUUGCUAAAAUUCCUCAGAGAUAUUUUAUCCAGGACUAGAGAAAUUCUUUGAGAAUAACUUUGACUUCUCUUAUUUUAAUGAAAUUGGUCUGCAGCAAUUCUUUUUAAUAAUAUCAAUUUAGGAUAAGGCUAUAUGUGAGCCUAAUUAUUAUGAUAUUACCAAUUAAAUUUAAACAAAAGUAUUUUCAAUCCAAGCUAUUAAAUUAAGCUUACAAGGAACUCUAUCGGUAUUUUCUUUAUACUAAAUUUAUAAUUUUAAUUAAAUAGAAUUAAAUAAUUUGCUUGUAAAUAUAGAGAAAAACCUUAAGAUAAAUUUUGAUAAUAAUAAAAAAGCAAUAGAUUAUCAAAUACAAAAUAGCAGUUUCUAUUCAAAUAAGCUAAAACCAAUUUCAUUCAGCAUCUCUAUGAAUUUUUAUAAGAGAUGUAAAAUUCAUAAUGUGUCAAUUUUAAAUGCUAACAUUGAUAAUUAAAUUAUUUUUUAGAUAGAUUAGAGUACUGCAGAUGAAGAUAUUUUGAUAUAGUCCUUUUUUCUUAGAGAUUGCAUUAUGAGCAAUGCAGUUUUGUUCAAUUUUAAUACAACAUCAAAAAAACAUAUUUUCAUUGAAACCCUUUUGAUUGAUGGAUGCUAAUUAAAUAAUUUUACAUUACUUAAUAUAAAACUAAUGAAGGAAUCAUCUUAAAUAAAAAUAAAGGAUGUCACAAUAACUAAUUCAAUAAUUUCUAAUUCUUCAAUUUUAUAAAAUUAUGAUAAUAAUUUGCUAUCAUUCGAAUCUCUUUAAAUUAUUGAAAACUAGAUUAUUAAUUCACAGCUAAUAAAAUUUAGUAAAGAUCUCUUUUGCUUUCACUUUUUACUAAAAAAAAAUGUUUUUGAAUAGUCAAUUUUGUUUUGGAAGUAAUUCUCGAUAGAUUAUUAAUAUGAGAUAAAAUUAGAUGAUUUUGAUAUAUCUUCCAAUAUCUUGCAGAAUUUUUAAGUAUUAAUUAUUGAUUAAAAUAAAAUAAAAGCAAUAAAAAUAGAAUUAACAAACAUAGCUUUUAAAGAUAACAGUAAUCCUAAAAAAGAAAUCCAGGAUUACGCUUUUAUACUUAGUUGUUCUAAUAUUUUAGUUUAGAAUAUUUCCAUAUUAAAUACUUUUAAUCAUCGCUACUUUUAUUUAUAUAACAUAUCUGUAAUUGUCUUCAGGAAUGUAUCCGUAUAAAAUGAACUUUAAUAAUUUAAAAUUCCUCUUAGUUAAGAUUGUGCAAUUAACAACUAUUAAUAUUCGAAAUUACUAUCUGUGAAAGGAUUUUAGACUCUCAAUUUAGGUUUUAUACAAUUUACUAAUUAAAUUACUAUAGACUAAUCUUUUAUUGAUAUUCAAUCAAAUGAUUUAAUCAUAAAUAAAAUAUAAGAAGAUAUUACAAUAUAAAAUAUUACAUUUAAUAGAAACAUUUUAACGAAAAUCAGUUAAGGAAAUUAUUUUUCCAUUAUAUCAAUAUAUUCUGAUAAAGUUUAGUCAAUUUAUUUGCAGAAUAUUUUGUAUGAAGAGAAUUCUUACUAUUAAUAUACUGAAGAUCCAAAAUAAACCUCUGCAAGUUUGCUGUUUAUUAACUCUAUGAAUAGUUCAAUAGUUCUUUAAAAUAUUUAGUGUUUUCAGAAUUCGCUAACAAAUUCUUCUAAUUCCUUUAUUGCUAUCAGCGCUAGUAAAGCUAAAGUAGUACAAAUUAAAGUAUUCUAACAUAAUUACCUUAAAAUGGAGUUUUGGAAUAAGUAUUAUGAUAUUUAGUUGCAAAGUGAUCUCAAUUAGAUUGAAGUUAAUUAUAUGAUCGAAUAAAUACUUUCAAUUAAAAAUAAAGGUGGUGUUAUGUAAAUAAUCGCAGAUAAAUUCACUUUAUAAAAUGGAUAAUUUUAAUACAUAAUUGCCAAAAGUAGCUCUGUCCUAGAUAUUAUCACCAGAGGGAACGGAAUUGUGAUUCUAGAAUAUUGCAGUAUUUCUAAUUCUCAAAAUAAUUUACUUUCUAAUUAGGAAUAAGAAGGAUCAAUCAGUAUAAAUUCUGAAAAUAGUUAUUUAACUAUGAUGCUGUAAAAUUUUAAUUUCACAGAAGUUAAUAAUCAAUUAGCUCCAGCAAUCAUAUCUCUUAAACCAUCAGAGAUUUCAAAUAAUAUUCUCAUAAAAAAUGUCCAAAUCUCAAAUUGUUUCUCUUUAAUCAAUUUGUUUUUAGCCUUCAUCUUCCCUGCUGAACAGGCUGAUUACAAUUAAGUAACAAUAGAGGAAAUUUUUAUACAUUAAAUUUAAGAAGGGUAAUUGUAGUACAACAGAUAGCUUAACAUCUUGGAACCAAUAAUUUUAUCAAAAAUAACUUAAAACAAUGCUAUUUUUAAUAUAUAGGGAUGCAAUUUAAAAUUUCAUAGUGUUAAAUUUGAAGGAUUUGCAUUAAUUGGCUUUAUAAAUUUGAUAAAUUGCAAAAAGAUAUAAAUAGUGAAUAUUUAAUUGAGUUAAAUUACUAUAUUUUAUAAUUUGAAUUUGCUUCAUAUUGAAUAUGUUGCAUAAUUUAAAUCAAUAAUUUAGAUUCUAAACCUAAAAAUCUAUGAAAUAAGCAUGUUUAAUAAUUAAAAUUAUACAUUAACUCCUUAAAUUUACCCAAAUUUCUACAUAGAACACCCUAAAUGUUAAAAAUUAAAGAUUGUAUCUCUUCCGGUAAAUGGAAAAGUUUUAGAAGUAAAAUAAAAUAAUUUUGAAUUGAUUUAAUCAUAUUCCACUUAAAAUGGAUCGAUCUUAUAUAUAAAAUCUUCAAACAACCUAACAAAAAUAAGAUUGGAAUCUAUAUUGUUAAAAAAUAAUGAUUGCAAAACUUGUAAGAAUGGUUUAAUCUACUUUUAAUUAGUUGAUUUUUUAAAGAUAAAGAUACAAGAGCUGUCAUGUAAUGGAAAUUAAGUAUAAAAAUAUGGAUGUAUUACUGCUUUAUCUGAUAAACAAAUUUAAGGGAAGUUAAUUAUUAGAAAUUCUCUUUUUAUUAAUAAUACAGGUGGGUAAGGAAUAGCCGUAUCUUCAAUAAACGUCAAGACCGUGUUGCUUAAUAAUAAGAUUUUGAAUAAUACUGCCACUUCAUUAGGAGGUGGAUUAUAUUUGGAUCUUAAUAAUAAAGACUUCAAUAUAAUUUCAACGCUAAUUUAAUAUAAUAAAGCAAGGGAAGGUGGAGGAAUUUAUUUAACUAGUGAAAGUAUUUUAAGUGAGAUGAAUUUUGCGAAGUCACUCAUUCUGUUUAAUCAUGCUGAAUUAACUACAAAUAAUUUGCAAGAGUUACCUUCUCAUCUAGAUCUAUCAAUCAAUAAUUAAAUAAUGCCUUCAGAUUUUAUAUUAGAUUAAAUAUCGAUAAAGUCAUUAAAAUUAAGUCCAUAUCAAAUAAUUUAAUAAGGUAAAGAAAUAAUGGAAAGUAAAUUGAUGAUUCUUAGCAAUUAAGAGACAGCUAAAUUUGAUUUAUACGAUCCUAAAAAAAAUAAAUUUACCUCAUAUAUAAAUGAGUUAUCAAUUCAAUUUAAAAAUAGAUUUAAUGAAUAAUUGCUUAAUUUUACUAAUUCAACUUGCCAAAUCAUUGAAUAGAUAUUUGAUAUUAAGAAAUAAACCAAAUUAGAAUCAAUUAAUGUUUCAUCAAUUUAAUUUAACUAAACUACAAGCAAAUUUGACCUAGGAAUGUUGACUUUCACUUUUGAUCCGUAUAAUCAAACUGACAAAUAGUAUGAAAUUUAAAUCUACUGUAAAACCAAAAAUUAGAUUUAAGAGUUAUCUUAUAAUAUAAAGGUAAAAAGUCUACUUUGUUAAUUGGGAGAAUUUUAUGUUUUAAAUGGUUGUUUGACUUGCUAAUCUAAUCAAGGUUUUUAUUCUGUAACCUACAAUGCCACAAAGUGUUCAAUAUUUGAUAAAACCAAAUUUGAAGCCAUUACUUCCAACAGUAUUAAUUUGAAACCUGGAUUUUGGAGGCCUCAUUAGGAGUCCGAUUUAAUUAAUGAUUGUUUCAAAAAUAUUGAAUCAUGUAAAGGUGGUUGGCUUGUUGGUGAUGAUAUUUGCAAAACUGGAUAUAUAGGAGGAUUAUGCGAAGAGUGUGAUAAGCAUAAUAUCAGAGGAGAUGGAUAUUAUUUUAAAAAUGAUCAAUCUACAUGUUGGAAUUGCAGCGACGUUUCUAUUAACAUAGUAUCCUUAAUUCUGAUAACUGCUUGGUAAUAAAUUAAUUUAGUUUAGGGUUUUUCUUUCAACUUUCAUUACAUUAGCUAGUGUAGAGAAAACCAAUUAGUUAUUUGCUUUAUUUAAACUUAUUUAAAAAUUUGCCCAUAUCUUGUUCAAAAUGAAUUUAAGUAAAUAUUAAAAUAUUGUUUUUAGAUUAAGAGAGCAUAUUGUUAAAGCUAUUUCUUAAUUAUACUUGGAUAUUUUCUGUUAUUUUCACUUUUAACAUUGAAUUCUCAUUUUCAUUUAUCUUUGUUAACUCAAUAAGUGAUACCUCCUAUUUCCUGACUCGUAAUUUAGAUUGUGAACUCUCCUAAUCUUUUGAAAUCGAUUUGAUAUAUGCGAGAACAUUAAUGAUGCUUACUUUAAUCACUUUCUAAAUAUUCAUCAUUUAAGUAGUUGUCAACAUAAUCUCAUUGUUAGAAAUCGCCAAACUUCGUAAUAACAUAAUUUCAAUUACAUUAAUUUACAUGUAUAUUUAAAACUAUGCUGCAUUAAUAAAUCAGUAAGAUAAUAUAAUUAUUUAAGGUUUUUUUCCAUUUUGGCAAAAAGGGAAAUCUCAGAUAUUGAAUAUGUUUAAGGAGAUGUGUCUCUUCUCUUUGGGUCAUCAACUCACUCAGCAUGGAUGUAUAAGUUUGCAUUGCCAAUAUCAUUGCUGCUUGGUUUAAUUAUACCAAUGUCAUUACUUUUGUUUUUGUACCAAAACAGAUAAUUAUUUGAUAAAAUACCAUUUAGAAGGCACAUUGGCUAUUUAUUUAAUGAAUAUAGUGUUAAUCGAUCUUUUUGGGAAUGGGUAAAGUUAUGGAAGAAAACAAUCAUUAUUGUGAUAUUGAUUUACUUUGAAACGAAUGUGUAUUUUAAAGGUGUCUUGAUCGGUAUUUGCUUAACUAUCUAUUAAAUAAUAACGUCAACAUAUCUGCCUUACAUUUAUCCAAAAUUAAACAGAUUGGAUUUGAUUUCUGGACAAUUUUGUUUAAUAGCAAUAUUCUUUGCUGCAGUGUAAUAUCUUUGUGAAUAGUAAGGAGAUUAUGUGUAAGCAAGAAUUUUGUCAAUUUUGAUUGUGCUUAUAUGCUUUAAAUUUAGUUUUCCAUAUCUUCAUGAUAUUAUUUCAGCAUAUUAUAGCAAAUACAAAGAUAAAAUUCUCACACUACUCAUAACCAUAAUAAAUACUUUAUUACCUAAAUCAAGCUUAAUUUUUAAAUUAAAUAGAAAACUAGAUUAAUGGAGAUAGAGGAGUUCGAGGAUAGAAAAAAAUGUGAAAAAGUUGCGAUUCCAUACAAUUUAAAAGAAGCGUUAGGAGAAAAAAGAGUAUUUAUACUUUGCUAUUUAAGGCUAUAAAAAAUUUGUGUUCCAACUUUAUCCCUUAAUAAAAAUGGGGAACUAAAAUUCAAACUAUUGAAUUUAUGA